AUGAGAAAGCCAUGCUGUGAAACCAACAAAGACAUGAACAAAGGAGCUUGGUCCAAACAAGAAGACCAAAAACUCAUUGACUAUAUCAACAAACAUGGCGAUGUUUGCUGGCGUACCCUCCCUCAAGCUGCAGGUCUAUUAAGGUGUGGCAAAAGCUGUAGGCUAAGAUGGAUAAACUAUUUGCGCCCAGACCUUAAAAGAGGCAACUUUGCUGAAGAUGAAGAAGAUCUCAUCAUCAAGCUUCAUGCACUUCUAGGCAACCGGUGGUCACUAAUAGCGGGAAGAUUGCCGGGACGGACGGACAAUGAAGUGAAGAACUAUUGGAACUCUCACAUAAGAAGAAAGCUAAUUAGCAAAGGCAUUGAUCCAAAUAACCACCGUUUAAUAACCCAAAAAAAUCUAAUCCCUACUCCACCCAUUUCCGAUUGUUCAAAAUCAUCAUCGUCUGGCUUAUUGAAGAAAAAAAACAAGAAUAAUGAUGAGGCAACAACCAAUAAAUCCAAUAACAUUGACAACUAUGGUUAUCAUCAAGUAGUCUCAUCAGAAGACGAUGAGUCUAAUAAUAAUAAUAAUAACAAUAAAGGCUUAUUAUUGCCGGAUUUAAACCUUGAUCUCACUAUCAGCAUUCCUUCAUCAUCAUCAGCUGAAAACAGCGAUCUCAAACCAACAACAAUUCAUCAUGAAUCAAAUUCUUCAGGGCGGGAACGGAACUUGAUGAUGGCUGGUAAUUCCCCUCCAACUCUUCUUCUAUUUCAGUAA